AUGUUAUGUGAACCAAUAUCACCAGCAGAGAGAUUACCCCUUACAAUAAGGUUCUUAGCUUCAGGAAGUAGUCAGACAUCAAUGUCAUUUACCUAUCGUGUUGGAAGAACGACUGUCAGUAACAUUAUAAGAGAAACGUGCUGUGCAUUAUGGGAAGCUUUGCUGAGAAAUAUUUCAAAGCACUUCGUUCACAUGAUGCAUGGAAGAACAUAUCAGAAGAAUUCACGAAACUGUGGAACUUUGUGUAAUUGCCAUCAGUAUGCCGACGACACCACGAUCUAUAACAGUGUAAAACCAAAAGAUUUUCAACUGGGUGUAGAACAAAUGAAUAAUUCCCUGACGAACCUAACACGUUGGUCCGAUGAAUCUAAACUUGCUUUGAACAACAACAAAACUAAAGCGAU